AUGCUUGCCAACGUCGAUGUGGUGCUUCUUGAUAUCGAGGGCACCGUUUGUCCCAUAUCUUUUGUCAGAGAUGUCUUAUUCCCGUAUGCCCUGCAGGCACUUUCGAAAGUCUUAGAUGAGCAGUGGGAUAGCUCAGCCUUUGCGCCAUAUCGUGAGGCUUUCCCGGAAGAGUAUCGCAACGAUCGUGUUGCUCUGGAGGCCCAUGUCAGAGAUCUAGUUGAGCGCGAUGUGAAAGCUCCGUAUCUCAAGUCUCUUCAGGGUCACUUAUGGCGACACGGCUAUGAGACUGGUGUCCUCCAGGCGCCUCUUUUUGAUGAUGUUCCUUCUUUCAUCAAACUUGCACACUCUCUUGGCAAGCAAAUCAUGAUCUACUCUUCCGGUUCUGUGCCUGCGCAGAAGCUCUUCUUCGGCCAUACGACAGCUGAUCCACCCAACAUGAUUCCAUUGAUCACGGCAUGGUUCGAUACCGUGAAUGCAGGGCCAAAAACCGAAGCUGCGAGCUACACCAGGAUUCUCUCAACGGUCCCAGCGACGAAGCCUAGUCGCUGGCUCUUCUUGAGUGACAACAUCAAGGAGGUUGAUGCUGCGCGGGCCGCUGGUUUGCAGAGCUACCCGGUUGUGCGCCCGGGAAAUGCGCCUCUGCCUGUGGACCACCCACUGACCAGUUCGGCUUUGUCUUCCUUUGUUUCAACUUAG